CUCGUUUCUACUCUGCGUUCGCUCCUUUUCUUUCCUCUGUCCGAGAUCUAUGGCGAGGCCAUGGAACACUCAGAAUACGCCGGCCGACGUAUCUCUGCUUAUCGAGCAGUUUAUGAGUCUCUUGAGCAUCGUUUGGUUGUUGCUGAGGCGGCUCAGAGAUUGAGGCUUCCGCUUCUAUCUAAAGAUGGAGAUAUUCACGAGGACGAGAUAGAGAAGUGGAAUACAAUGUCGAGGAGCUCUCUUGAUAGUGCAAGCAGUAUUACACUAAGCUCAAUGUCAACCGGGUACAAUAAUAGUUAUACAGAUAACAGUAGUAUUUCACGAAUUGCUGGUCUGCAUCCCAGCAUUUCUGAUAGUGUAGAGCUUGGAGUUGGUGGAGUACCUAAUCGCUUUCUUGGAGUAACUCCAAGUUUUCUAUGGCAAGUCCAACCACAGCAAGCUACCAUGGCUGUGAACCCGACAGAGUAUCAGAGGUCCAUUAUCCUGGAGAUUGAGUCUCGGCUAGCAGCUAAGUAUGAUACUUUGGCUGAUAUUUUCACAAUGGAUGAUAUUGAUUCUUCUUCACUAAGUCAGCUUUCAGGUGCCCAGCUCCCAGAAAGGGUUAAGUUAAUCAUUGAAGAGAUUGAAAGGGAAGAGGCGCUUUUAUUAGAGGAUCUUUACUCGAUGGAUAGAAAGUUUGCAGAGCACUUCAAUGUCAUAGAACAAAUACUAGAGGUGCUUAUUAAGUUUGUUAUGGACCUAAAAUUGCAGCAUCAACACGAAUUUGAUGAAUUGAGGAAAAAUUGGCUUUGCAAAAGAUGCCAAACAAUGAAUGCCAAAUUGAGGGUUCUGGAGCAUCUUCUUUUGCGCGAUACUUAUACAAAGGAGUCUGUGCCUGCUCUUCACAGGAUUCGAAAGUAUCUCGUAGAGGCAACUGAGGAAGCAUCCGUUGCUUAUAAUAAAGCGGUUACACGUCUAAGGGAAUAUCAAGGCGUAGAUCCAUACUUUGACUCAAUUGCCAGACAGUACAAUGAUAUUGUGAAGAAACUGGAGGGAAUGCAAUGGACAAUUCACCAAGUUGAAAUGGAUCUAAAGCGCUCACUUGAUCAAUCAGCAGCAUAAAACUAGUAUUAUUUUCUAAGUUGUCUAAGCCAAGGUUACUACCAAUAAGGUUUCAUGAGGACCUUUUCAAGGGCACCCCUAAGACAUUCUUGACAUAUAUCCCUAGCAGGUAUGGAGAAUUUGAAUGUUAGGGUUAUAUAUAUGAUUAGUUUAAAUUUUGGGAAUUGUAUUGCGAAUGAGCUUAUUUUAAUAACAUGUUGCCAACUCUUGUUAUUAUUGGAAAAAAAAAAAAUUGCAUAUUAUGCUUAAAAUAGAGGAUGUUAAACUAUGAAAUAUAUAUGCAU